AGCCGCAGCCCCCGCCUCACCGCCGUUAGGGAAGCAGCUGCGGCUACGUCAGGCGCGAGUGUAAGCCCAGCUGCCGCUUAGCCCCCGGCCCCUCCCGGUCGCCGCCGUCAGUCGGGGGUCCGCGGGGUCUACGGUCACCCUGCGCUCCAGGCACCGCGUCCAUGGCCACCGCGGCGGCUCCGUCAUCCUUGGCUCUCAAAGCCUCGAGCCUGGCCGCGGCCCCCGGCUCGUACGGGGUCUUCUGCAAGGGGCUCUCCCGCACCCUCCUCGCCUUCUUCGAGCUGGCCUGGCAGCUGCGCAUGAACUUCCCGUACUUCUACAUCGCGGGCUCCGUGGUCCUCAACAUCCGCUUGCAGGUACACUUUUAGAGCCCUGAGGAAGCCGGCGGUACCCCGGGCCUGCCUUAUGGCCGACUCCCAGGAGACCCCGCGGCGCCGCGGAGCUGGGGGCGAGGAGUUUCUCUGUCUCGCGAGAGUGCCUGGGCUCCCUCCGCGGCUGUGCUCUCCGCUCUCAGCCAAGCUCCUGUACUGUCACUGAGACCUUGCCGAGAUUGGGAAGAGGAAAUACGCGAUUCCGGGAGCCGAGAAAGAACUUCAGCUAAGACCCACGACAAUAUUUAAGAAGCUGUGCAUCCUUAAAACAAAAACGGGACGAACAGGCUGCAUGACAAAAAGGGAAAGGUACUAAAAUUUUCAGGACAAAAAUGUACAACAAGCUCAUGGUCCAUAUUAAUUUAAUAAAUAAGUAAAUUUCGGGAGUAUGAGACUGGAAUAUAAGCAGGACGCUGAAUGAGUAAGAAGCUGGGGAGAUCUUAAGGAUAUGCUGUGGAGGGCAUAUAUUUCUUCAUCCCACAAGAAAAAACAAUGACGAUCAGAAGCUUUCACUGAAAAAAACUGUACAGGAAACACAUCCUUCAAAUACCAAACAAUGUAAAAUGCUGCAGGAUUUUGAACAGAGGGAGUGUAAGAAAGUGGACUCUAUUUCAGUGUCCCUAUGAGUAACAUGCAGUUCAAAAUCUUGGAGCCAAAGAAGGAAAUACAGUCAUAGCACAAAGCUUGGCGACUUAUCGAAUAACAUUUAAAUAAUCAUAAUAAUGUAAAUGCUGUUUAUGAUUUUCAUCUUUUUAAGAGAAUACUUACAGUUACAAAGUUUGAAUGCACAUGUUAUCAGCCUUGAUGGUGUAAAAGUGAGGGUACCUGGAAUGGUAAUGGUGUCUUUUAAAGUGGGAAGCUGAGAGGAAAAUUCUGUUGUCGAUGGGGGAAGAGGGCAUUUUAUUAUUUAAAGAGUAGCCAUAAAGUUGCUUAAAUGUAACUAUAUGAAGGAGAGAAGAGAAGGGGAGAACAGCAUGAGGUCAACAAGAAAUGCCUAGAGGUUAGAGUUAGGGUGGAAUGUUUCAGAUUACCUGAUGUAUUUGGAGUCAAGAGAUUUUUAGAUUUCAGAGAGUCUGGAGACGAAUUAGUGGUCUGCAAAAUUUUUUCUAAUUAAGGAAGCAAAGCUGAGGCAGUUGUAAACCCCGGGAAAAAUAAAAAAAUUUUUUCAAGAACUACACUGCAUAACUCCACUGUGAAGAAUAUUACUACUCAUCAUAUAAAGCCAGUUUUAAUUAUAUAAACACUGAAUACAGGUAAAUUAUUAGGUAACAUUGGAACGACUGGAGAAGAGAGAGAUGUAUAUGUAAUGGGGGAGAAUCAAUCAAGAUCUGAUAUAGAAAAGUUGAUUUUAAAAAAGCAGUAUAACUUGUCACUUAGAAAGAGUACAAUAAGAAAUAGCUAAGAGUUAAAAUUGGUAGUCUCUGGAGAAAGAAAAUCAGGGAUAGAAAGGUGGAGGACUGCUGUUUUUCACUACCAGUCUAACAGUAACGGUGAUUUUUCUUAGCCGUGUGUGUGUGUGUGUGUGUGUGUGUGUGUGUGAAGAUAUAUAUAGAUAUAGAUAUCAGGCAGACCUCUGUUAAAAUACAAACUAAUUUUGUGGUCCAGGUGAGCCCAUUAAUCUGCCUAAACCCCAGUUUUCUCAAUUCUAUUAAAUGAGAGUAAAAAUACUCACCUUGAAAGAUCAGUCAAGAAUUAAAAAUAAGCCUGACUUAGUGCUUGAUACAUACCGUACACAGUAAAGAGUAUUUGUUAUAACAGAAUAUUUCAUUAGCUUGUGAAUAAAACUUAAAACUCUCAUAUGGAGUGCCUGCUUUUCCAUUGGAGGGUUUUAGUACUGAAGGAGGUUUGUAGAUUCCUGACAAUGGGGGUGUAGGGAAGACCCUCCAGGAAGAGACAUUUGAGCUGAAAGGGGCAAUUAUUUGCCAAAGUAAAGAUUUAAACUAUUUGUAGUGUUCUGUAUUCCACUAAUUGUAUCCAACAAACAAGUGUACUCUAGGAAUAUAAAAUAAGUGCCCCCUGUAGCACAAUGUCUUGCUUUGAGUAACUUCUUCUACCCUUCAUUCCUUGUCUCCAGCCAAAGUAGAGUACAUCUUCACUUUUCUACGUCGUACGCUUUCUUCAACCUUCUGUACCUUUUUUGUUUUUUUGACUUAUGGUUACUCUACCUGUGUUUUAAGGCUGAACUUAGACAUCACUUUUUCCAUUAAGUUUUUCCCAGAUGCUCCUGACCAGAUUAGAGAUCAUUUCUUUUAAUCCAUCUAAAGGGCUGUGUUAAUAUCAACCUAUGCCAUUUUCAUAGGCUUCCUUAUUUGUGCCUAAUUGUGCAUUAAUUAUCAGAUGCAGUUUUUUAAAGAAUAUCCAAGACGACAGGUUUCCGGACUAUGAUCUCUUCCCUUGGUAAUUACAUAUUGCUGUGAAAGUGCAGGGACUAAAACAUUUUAGUCUAAAAUACCAGAAAUGUAAUUUGAUCAAUGAAAUAAUUCAGUAUUGCCAAUGGGCUUACAAAUGGUGGGCACCACUAUUUCCUAGAGGCACUAAUGUCCCAAUUUGUAACACAAAAGAAUGAGGCUGCCAUUAGCCCUGGAAUGGUGACAUACAGGGAUUUGGGUGGCUAAUGAACAUGUGCCUUCCUCAACCUUUUUUUCUUCAUAUUAGUGUUUUGCUACACUGAAGAAACUAAGGCACUUCAGCAGAUUUAUUAUUAUAUCCUCCACUAGAUUAGAAGCCCUAUGAGGGAAGGUACUAUAUCCUAUCGAAUUUUACAGCCUGUAAUAUCAGCAAAUAUAUAGUAGGAACUGAAUGAAAGCUCCAUGAUUUACCAUUUAUUCUUAACAAUUGCUCUUAAAACCAGAUGUGUAUUUUUCUUCCUACAUGAUACAACUCAGUAAAGUUUCCCAUGGAAGAAAACAAGAUUUUUGCUCUACUUAUUAUUAACCACUUACUAUUCUAAUUUACAAGGAAUUUUAUUCCUCCUGGCAUCCUUCCAGGUCACAUCCAUGAAGCCAAAGAUUUUCUCAAUCCCCAGCCUAGAGUAUUGCCUAAUGUGAGUAAAUAUUGUUGAAUGAAUGCCAAAUUAGUUGGUUUUUCUACACUUAGCAGUCAAUAAAAGAAAUAAAGAUGUGUUUGUCCCUGA